UAGUGAUUGCAUUAUGGGCCGCUUGACACUUGAAGCGAAGGAAUUCAGUUUGAACGGGGGGGAAAAAAACAACCAGGAAGUUAAACAGAGCAGGAAACGCUGUGGUGGAGCAGCAGACUUAAAAACUUUAAAUAAUAGCGUUAACUAAAAUCACAGUUAAUUCAUCGGAUUGUGGUCAAAGGGCAUAGUUUGCAACAAUAUGGACAUCGAUCCGGAGCGAGGAGGGGCGGCGGCCGAGCCACAGGACAAGGUGAAGAGCUUGAGGGAUCAAGUAGAUGGAGUGAAAGACAUCAUGACGCAGAACGUAGACCGGAUCCUGGCUCGAGGAGAGCGACUCGAUGACCUCAUGGGCAAGUCAGAGGACCUGCAAGCAGGGGCUCAGCACUUCAAGCAGACGUCUCAGAAAGUGGCUCGCACCUACUGGUGGAAGAACGUCAAGAUGGUCGUGGUCAUCGUGGUGAUCGUCCUCAUCAUCGUGCUCAUCAUCAUCCUGCUGGCCACCGGAGUCAUCCCUGUCAGCUCCUCUACGCCUCCUACGACUCCUGUAGUUCCUCCCACCAAGCCAUAAGAGAUGCACACACACACACAAUGUAUAUACAAUCAUAAACAAACCCAUUCUUAUUGCACAUUAUACAAAGUAAUAUAUAGACUAAAGUCAACAAUUGCUGUCUGGUGAAACCUUUAUUACUUCUAAGUUAGUUUCCACUGGUUAAGGUCUUGCUUUUAUUAGAAUUCAACAACUUCCUGCUUUUGGUUUAAGGAACUUGAUUGGCACAUGUGCCUUUUCAGACCCUUAAACACAAUUUAAGCUUAGCUUUUUUUUCAAAAUGUUGUGAGAAAUUAAACAAAAGUGUCUGGAAGGUCCUAGGACUGUCCCUGUUCUCAGAGGAUGCGUCAUAUCACCGCGUCAGUUCCUCCAUGGCUCUCUCACCCCCGGCAAAGAGGGAGUCACAUUAAUUUGCGUAGAUGAAAAGAAGGAAUGUGGAUUUCUCCAGUCUCUUUACUAGACAUCAUGUUUGUCUUGAAUGUUCUCACUUAAGUGCACCUUUUGCAGAAGGCAGGUUGGAUAGUUUAAAAGCUG